CGACUGGGAAAAAUCGUUUUGAAUGGUCACCCAACUCGGAAUUCCAAAUUGAAAACUCGGGCAUCUUUGUAGAUCUCCAACUUUCCGUUCUGAAGAUCAUUAAAGUCAUGAUUUGACCUCGUUUUUUCCCGAGUUCCCAGUUGUCUUGAAAGCGCCAUUAUACUUCGACACGACCGACAAAGCUUUCUCCUCUGGGCAUCUUUCUCGCUAUACCGGUUUAGCGGAUGGGAGAAGGAUGAUGAUGGAGAGGCCCAGGUCACGGUAGCUAGCAGUGCAGAGUAUGCGGAGAAAGAUUUAGUUAAACACCGAGUUUCAGUUUUGGAGAGGAUUCUAGUGGAUUUGCCAAGUGAUCUGUCUGGAAAUUAACCUGAUAAACAAGAUGAAGAGGUGUUUGCUGCGUGGCUUACUGCCAGAGGUGUCUAUCCGACUGCUGCUUCUGGUUGUCUUCCUUGUGACAGAGCAGCUUCCACCCUUUAUUCGUGAGAUCCAGGCAGAGGAGAUGUGGCUGUAUAGAUUUCACAGAGUGGAGAAUGACCAUGUCCCCACCUCUCUCAUGUUUAGCGUGGCGUGUUUCACUCCAUUCCUGGUGAUCCUGCUUUUCACCUUUCUGAAGAGAGUUGAGAGAGGAGACGUGAGAGAGGCCUCGCUAGCGGUGACUCUGGCUCUGGUACUGAACGGAGUUUUCACCAACGCCAUCAAGCUGGUCGUGGGCCGGCCACGGCCAGACUUCUUCUACCGCUGUUUCCCAGACGGACAGAUGAACCUGGAGAUGCACUGCAACGGCGACCCAGAAGUGGUCAUGGAGGGCAGGAAGAGCUUUCCCAGUGGACACUCCUCCUUUGCAUUCACUGGACUGGGCUUCACAGCGCUGUAUGUGGGGGGUAAGCUGCGGUGCUUUAAUCUGGGGGGUCGGGGCAGGGCCUGGAGACUGUGUCUCUUCCUCGCUCCGCUCCUCCUAGCCUUCAUGAUCGCUCUCUCCAGGACCUGCGACUACAAACACCACUGGCAAGAUGUGUUGGUGGGUUCUGGUCUGGGUCUGGUGUUCUCUUGGCUCUGCUACAGACAGCACUACCCCUCCCUCCAGGACCCUGACUGUCACCGGCCACUACGCCACAGAGAGACUGUUCCUGCUGUGCAGGAACGCAAGCUGGCCAACUCCAACUACAUAUUACCUCUAUAGCUGGCCAACUACAUAUUACCCCUAUAGCGCUACUCCAACUAUAUAUUGGAAUCAAAUCAAAUUGUAUUUGUCACCUGCGCCGAAUAAAACAGGUGUAGACCUUACAGUGAAAUGCUUACUUACAAGCCCUUAACCAACAAUGCAUUUUUAAGAAAAAAAUAUGUUAAAUUAUUUACUAAAUAAACUGAAGUAAACAAUACAUAAAUAAAAAUGGAAAAAAAUAAAAAUAACAAAUAAUUAAAGAGCAACGAUAAAAUAACAGUUACGAGGCUAUAUACAGGAGUAACCGGUACAGAGUCAAUGUGCUGAGCCACAGGUUAGUCGAGUUAAUUGAGGUAAUAUGUAGGUGGGGGGGGCAGCGCACAAUUGGCCCACUAUUGGCCGGUGUAGGCCGUCGUUGUAAAUAAGAAUCUGUUCUUAACUUACUUGCCUAGUUAAAUAAAGUUUAAAUACAUGUUGUUUUUUAUUCAGGAAUCUUAUGGCUUGGGUGUAAAAGCUGUUAAGAACCCUUUUUUUUACCUAGACUUGGCGCUCCUGUACCGCUUGCCGUAAGGUAGUAGAGAGAACAGUCUAUGCCUAUGGUGGCUGGAGACUUUGGCAAUUUGUAGGGCCUUCCUCUGACACCGCCUGGUAUAGAGGUCCUCGAUGGCAGGCAGCUUAGCCCCAGUGAUGUACUGGGCCGUACACACUACCCUCUGUAGUAACUUGUGGUCGGAGGCCGAGCAGUUGCCAUACCAGGUGGUGAUGCAAACAGUCAGGAUACUCUCGAUGGUGCAGCUGUAUAACUUUUUGAGGAUCUGGGAACCCAUGCCAAAUCUUGUCAGUCUCCUGAGGGGGAAUAGGCUUUGUCGUGCCCUCUUCACGACUGUCUUGGUGUGUUUGGACCAUGACAGUUCGUUGGUGAUGUAGCCACCAAGGAACUUGAAGCUCUCAACCUGCUCCACUACAGCCCAGUCGAUGAGAAUGGGGGCGUGCUUGGCCCUCUUUCUCCUGUGGUCCACGAUCAUCUCCUUUGUCUUGAUCACGUUGAGGGAGAGGUUGUUAUCCUGGCACCACGCUGUCUCAUCGUUGUCAGUGAUCAGGCCUACCGCUGUUGUGUCGUCGGCAAACUUAAUGAUGGUGUAGGAGUCAUGCUUGGCCAUGCAGUCAUGGGUGAACAGGGAGUACAGGAGGGGACUGAGAACACACCCCUGAGGGCCCCCUUGUUGAGGAUCAGCAUGAGAGAUGUAUUGUUACCUACCCUUACCACCUGGGUCGGCCUGUCAGGAAGUCCAGGAUCCAGUUACAGAGGGAGGUGUUUAGUCCCAGGGUCCUUCAGUUGGACCACUGAAUAGGUAUCCUCCUUUCCUCUUAGCUUAGUGAUGAGCUUUGAGGGCACUGUGGUGUUGAACGCUGAGCUGUUGUCAACGAAUAGUAUUCUCACGUAGGUGUUCCUUUUAUCUUGGUGGGAAAGGGCUCCCGGGCUCCUGAGUAGCGCAGCGGUCUAUGGCCAUGCCGGGGCGGCAGGGUAGCCUAGUGGUUAGAGCUUUGGACUAGUAACCGGAAGGUUGCAAGUUCAAACCCCCGAGCUGACAAGGUACAAAUCUGUCGUUCUGCCCCUGAACAGGCAGUUAACCCACUGUUCCUAGGCCGUCAUUGAAAAUAAGAAUUUGUUCUUAACUGACUUGCCUAGUUAAAUAAAGGUUAAAACCUUUUUUUUUUAUCUCAGUGCUAGAGGCGUCACUACAGACACUGGUUCGAUUCCAGGCUGUAUCACAACCGGCCGUGAUUGGAAUCCCAAAGGGUGCACAAUUGGCCCAGCGUCGUUAGGGUUUAUCCAGGGUAGGCCGUCAAUGUAAAUAAGAAUUUGUUUGUAACUGACUUGCCUAGUUUAAAUAAAGGUUCAAUAAAAAAAGGACAAUGUGAAGUGCAAUAGA